UCUCGCGAUAUUCCACGAAGUUUCCGGUGUUGUGUAUGUUCCUGGAAACAUGGCGGCCAGCUUCCGCGGCCGUCCUAUCCGGAGUCUUCGGAUGCGAGGUCGGAAUGACAGCGGGGAAGAAAACGUACCGCUGGAUCUGACGAGAGAACCAUCUGAAAAUUUCCGGGAAAUUGUCCAAAAUGUGGCCAAACCACAUGGGGUCAGUAACAUGCGUAAACUGGGCCACCUGAACAACUUCAUAAAGCUGCUAUGCAGUGUAGGCCACCAAGAGGAGAAGUUUGGAUUUACGUAUGAAGAAAUCAUAGUUUGUUUACGCCUUGCUCUGCUAAAUGAGGCUAAGGAGGUCAGAGCUGCAGGACUGCGGGCACUACGGUACCUUAUUAAAGACACCAACGUCUUGCAAAAGGUCCUUAGACUACAAGUGGACUAUUUAAUCUCCAGAUGCAUUGACAUCCAGCAGAGCAAUGAAGGAGAAAGGACUCAGGCUUUGAGACUAGUUCGAAAGAUCAUCACUGUCAACGCAAUGCUCUUUCCCACCUCCAUCGCAAACUCUCUAAUUGCUGUGGGCACUGAUGGUCUACAAGAACGUGACCGCAUGGUUCGUGCAGCCAUUGCAAUUGUGUGCGAACUAGCUCUGAAAAACCCAGAAGUGGUGGCUAAACGGGGUGGUCUGAGCACCAUCUUGAAGAGUGUUAUUGAUUGUCAACUAAGUCGCAUCAAUGAAGCGCUGAUCACCACCAUCCUUCAUCUCCUCAAUCAUCCGCACACUCGCCAAUUUGUGCGGGUGGAUGUUGAGCUCGAGCAAAUCCUUGCACCUUUCACUGAUUUCCACUAUCGCCAUAAUGCUGACACAGCUGAGGGACAACUCAAGGAAGACCGAGAGUCACGUUUUUUGUCAAGUCGAAUGGCAAUUGUAGCUGCCUUUCGUUCGUGGUCUGGGAUUAUCAACCUAUGCAAGGCUGGCAAUUCUGGUAUCCAAUCUUUAAUUGGCUUACUCUGCAUACCAAAUAUGGAGGUUAGGAAAGGGUUGUUGGAGGUGUUGUAUGAGAUCUUUAGGCUCCCUGUGCCCAUUGUAACGCAGGACUUCACUGAAGCUCUUCUAAGUGUUGAUCCUGCUAGAUUCCAGGACACAUGGAGACUGUCAGAUGGCUUUGUAGCUGCUGAGGCCAAAGUCAUUUUACCACAUCGUGCACGCUCCAGGCCAGAUCUUAUGGACAACUAUUUGGCUUUUGUUCUGUCAGCUUUCAUCACAAACGGACUGUUAGAGGGUAUUGUAGAAGUUGUGACCAGCAGCGAUGAUCAGUUAGCUGUGAGGGCAACUAUACUUUUGGGAGAGCUUCUGCACAUGGCAAACACCAUCCUUCCUCAUUCUCACAGUCACCACUUGCAUUGCCUGCCCACACUCAUUAACAUGGCAGCCUCAUUUGACAUUUCCCAAGAAAAACGACUUCGAGCAAGUGCAGCUGUCAAUAACCUGAAACGUUUCCAUGAGAAGAAGAAAAAAGGCCUAAAACCUUACAGUCUGUACUUGGACCACAUCAUCCGAAAAUCAGUGUCCUCUCACAACCGCAGAGAGUCCCAUUCACGGACACAACGAGACAUUUAUGUUAUUAAGGACACAGAAGAAGCACUUAUGAUGAACUUGAGAGACAGUCAAAUACUCAACCAUAAGCAAAACCUUGAAUGGAACUGGCUGCUCAUCGCCACAAUUCUCAAGUGGCCACACGUAAACCUCAGGAACAAUAAAGAUGAACAAAUGCACAGGUUUGUGCGGAGGCUGCUGUUUUUCUAUAAACCCAGCAGUAAGUUGUACGCAGGCCUGGCCCUGGAUCACAUGAAGGCCAGGCAACUCACUGUGGUCGGCUGUCAGUUUAUUGAGUUCCUCAUGGACUCUGAUGAGGAUGGGCAGGGUUACCUGGAGGACCUGGUCAGGGACAUGGUUUUAUGGCUCUCCUCGUCUUCCGGCCUGAAGCCUGAGCGCUCCCUUCAGAGUAACGGCCUGCUCACCACACUCAGCCAACACUACUUCCUGUUCCUCGGGACGCUCUCAGCACAUCCACAAGGCGUCAAACUGCUGGAGAAAUGUGGCCUGUUUCAGUGCCUGCUGAAUAUGUGCUCGGUAAAGAACCAGGAUGCUGUGCUGAAACUCGCUGUGACAACUCUAGACUACAGCACGGACGGUCUUGCCAGAGUGAUCCUUUCCAAGAUUCUCACCGCUGCUACUGAUACGUGUCGGCUGUAUGCCACCAAACACCUGCGUGUGCUGCUGAGGGCAGGUGUGGACUUCUUCAGCAGCUGGGGCAUGGAGCUGCUGGUUACCCAGCUCCACGAUCACAGUAAAGCUGUUUCAAUGGAGGCUCUGGAUAUCCUGGAUGAAGCCUGUGAGGAUAAGGCUAAUCUUCAUGCUCUUAUUCAUCUAAAACCAGCCCUGUCUCAUUUAGGAGACAAAGGCCUUCUGUUGCUCCUCAGGUUUCUUUCCAUACCUAAAGGGUUUUCUUACCUCAAUGAGAGGGGCUAUGUGAGCAAACAGCUGGAUAAAUGGCAAAAGGAAUACAAUCUUAAGUAUGUGGAUUUGAUAGAAGAGCAACUAAAUGAAGCACUAACAACUUAUCGAAAACCUGUUGAUGGCGACAACUAUGUCAGACGCAGCAACCAAAGGUUACAAAGACCAAAUGUUUAUCUACCUGUGCACUUGUACGGUCAGCUUGUCCAUGAUAAGACGGGCUGUCACCUUUUGGAGGCUCAGAGUGUAGUUCCUGACCUCAGCUACAUGGUCCGCUCCCCGAUGCUGGACACCUGGGAGGGCAUCAAACAGCUGAAGGCUGCUCUAUGGGCUUUGGGCAACAUUGGGUCUUCAAACUGGGGUCUGAAUCUUCUGCAGGAGGAGAAUGUCAUUCCGGAUAUCCUUGCAUUGGCACAACACUGUGAAGUCUUGUCAGUGAGAGGCACCUGCAUCUAUGUGUUGGGUGUUAUUUCUAAGACCAGGCAGGGCUGUGAGGUGCUCAAACAGUUUGGAUGGGAUGCAGUGAGACACAGUCGCCGGACGCUGUGGCCUGUUACGCCGGACGAGGUGGAUACACAGCUGACCUCUGAACUCUCAUCGGUACCGAGCACUCUCAGUCUGAACUCAGAGUCCACCAGCUCACGGCACAACAGUGAGAGUGAAUCGCAACCAAACAUGUACAUCUUGGACGAUGACAAGUGUGACAUUUUUGACCAAUCAGAUGAUAGUUGUUAUAUCUCCCACUCCAAGCCAGUGAAGGACCGCAGUCCCUUCACCAUUUUGGCAUCUUCACGUUUUGUUCGAACACGCUUCCUGAACUCUUUGUCUCUUCCCAGUAAGAAAAUCCGCUCCACUAGUGACCCUAAAACGCCUUCAGGGUCCCGCACACCGACUGAGCUCAAGAGCAUGAGGAGAAACCGGACAGUUACUGAGCCAUCUGUGUAUAGCCCAAACCAGAGUGAUGUCUUCACCCCAGUAUUUAAUGGCAGAGGAAUGCCCAAGAGCCCCACUGUUAGCCUGGAGACCUCCUUUGUUGGGACCAGGGGCGGGUCUGAUGAGCAGCUGACAGAUGGGCGAUUAGUGAGGAGUGGGGUCUCUGGUUUGGGGCUGAGUGGUCUUGCACAUGGAGCUCCAGAGCACCACAUGAGGGAGCGGGAGCAGACCAGUCGCGAGCGGCUGGCGGGGGAUGGUGGCUCCUCUACAGGAGGUAAUGUGGGAGGAGGUGGUACUCAGUUUAAGAGUCGCAGUCAGAGCUUUAACACGGACACUACAACCAGCGGCAUCAGCUCCAUGAGCUCCAGCCCCUCCAGAGAGACUGUAGGAAACCCCGAGCAUCCCGAACCUGAGCCGGACUCAUCAGAUUGUGUCAGCCUCAAUACUGUCAUCUCGGCCAAAACAGUCAAAACUCUGUCGUCCCUCACCCCCCAGGCACAGACCAACCACAUGACCACAUCCAAGUCCUCCACUGUGUCUCUGGUACCACCGGGGUCCUCACACACUCUCCCGCGCCGCGCUCAAUCUCUCAAAUCCCCCUCAGUCACCACCAUCAAGAGUUUGGCCGACUGCACGUUCAUGUACACCAGUCCCAGAGAUGCUCUGGGCUAUGCCACACUCAAGAGACUGCAGCAGCAGAGGAUACACCCCUCUCUGUCUCACAGUGAAGCUCUGGCAUCUCCCGCUAAAGACGUCCUGUUCACAGACACCAUCACCAUGAAGACCGGCAGCCUGGACUCUAGACUCACACCUCGCAGGAUGACAGAUAGGAGGGGUACCUGUCCUGAUGCCAGCGUCUUAAAAUACCGCAGGCUGUCCAGAACACUUGUGCCGCGUCUCUCCCCCCGGAUCCUCUCACGCUCCUCUCCUCUUGGCCUGCCUAGGUUUUUGAAAGCUCUGAGCUUUGCUUCUCUGGAUAAAGAGGAACUACUCAGUCCCAUCAACCAAAGCACCUUGCAUCGCUGCUCUUCUGUGCGCUCUAUGGUGUCUAGUGUCACUUUUGGAUGUAAUGAUGAUUACGUUGGCCUGGCAUUACCCAUGGACAUAAAUGAUAUGUUCCACAUCCGCGACUCGGCCUACUUUCAGCAGAGAAUCAGUCCACCAUCUGAGGAGAGAAAACGCUUCCUCUUCGGCGAUGGAGACGGUGAACGCACAAUCCCCUUGUUAAAGCAGCAGUUUAGUAUUUCUGAGCUCAUGGCGAGUCGAGGCGAGAACCAGAACCACCUGUUUGAUUCUGAGGAGACUGGACUUCAGGACCACUCUGACGACAACUGUCUCUACUGCGUAGGAUCCAGUGUCCUGGGCUACUGCACUCAGCCCAAGCUCAACACACACCCUCGGACAGAAUACAUCGACUUCCAGUCGUGGGGAGGUCAGACAGGACAUCGUCUGGAGGUGAUGCCUCAGUCCAAGUUUUCGGGAGUCUCCGGCUGCAGUGACGCAGCUGUGUCACAGGGCUCCAUCUGUGGCACUCCCACUCCCACCGACAUUGUUAUUGAUGGAAAGGCAAUAUCUGAGGACGGGCCUGCCUCCAGAGUCCUGCUGAGGAAAGAGGUGCUUCGCCUCAUAAUCAACCUCAGCUCCUCAGUGGGAACCAAAGGCCAUGAAACAGGACUACUGACGAUAAAGGAAAAGUUCCCUUAUGCUUUUGAUGACAUCUGCCUGUACUCUGAGGUUUCUCACCUUUUGGCUCACUGUAUGUUUCGCCUGACCUCCAGACGCUUCAUACAAGAACUCUUCCAGGAUGUGCAAUUCAUGCCCAUGUACGAGGAAGCUGAAGCAAUCCUCACAAAGCAACCAAAACCUGUAGAAGAUGACAUGGACCCUGCUUCUGAAUCCUGAUCCCCUCCUGUUUGUCCACAGCCCCAGGCCUGCCAUUUACCAAAUUCAAAUCCAUUUCCCAAGCAUGAAAAUGAUCUGAUUUGAAAGACUCGGAAGCAGAUGGCAUUUUUCUGUUGUUCAAACAGAUCACUGUGGCCAUGUGGACAGAAGUCUGUAUCAUUUUCAAGCAAACUAGUGCUUCAAACUAAGUCACUAUCUGGAAACUAGAUGCACGCCUAAUGCUGUUUCACACUUGACUUGGAGACUUGAUGGUUUCUAUUAUAAGAGAACCAAAAACUGAAGGGAUGGCAAACUCCAGCAACUCGUGCAGUUACAUCAACAUAAUCCUAAACAUCAACCUAGCUGGACCAUUAUGACAAAAGACUGUGUUUUAAGAUGGCCUCAUUUUAUCUCUCUGCUGAGAUGGUGUUUACUGUAAUGAAAUGAAUUAAGGCAUGUCGUUGUGUCUAUACCCUGUGAUUUCCUCCAGACCCUCAUUUUAUUCUAUUGAAACAAAACACUACCAUGGGUCUUGCCGUUUUUAAACUCCCCCUCUUAUUACCUUUGCUCUGUUAUAGCCAGUGCGUCGCUUUCACCUCAUACAACUUCUACUACAACCUAAAGCCUCUUUCUCAUCCACACAAACCGCCAAGUACUUCUCUUCUCAGACAAUCAGCAAUUGUUUUUUUUUUGUUUUUUUAUCUAGUACAUGAAGACAAUAGCACGUUAUUUAAUACUAGUUAGUUUUGGCUUUUUUUUUCUUGCAUAGGACCUAUUAUGUUAUAAGUAAGCUUUGAAGUUUCGGGACAUCUCAGGAGGUGGCUCUAUAAUAGUGUCUGAACUUUUUCAGUUGUAUAACUCAUUACGUAUUAAGUACUCUGCUCAUGAACUACCUGUGUCCAAUGGAUAUCCCCACUUAUGUACCUCUGCUUCACUCCCUCUGCAUGUGCAACUAGCAUGGCCAAACUUCAACGCCACCUCGAUGUUUUUCCCGCUUGUAAGACUAACAAAAAAGGUUGCCAUUACAUGCCACCAUAACAUUGUAGGAAUUUAGGUACCCCCCAGAUCUUUUUUCACAAUGCAAUAUUGCUAACUUUGGCUUAAGAUGGGGACUGGGAAGACUUUUAAAAUAACAUUAAAUGAGGAUGGCGGGGUUUGUCGAAGGUUUCCAUGGAAACAGGAAUGGCUGUUUCCAUUGGCUUGUGUUUUUUGCUCUAAUGCUGCUACAAAAAAAGUUUUAAAAAAAGGAAAAAAAAACUUGUAGAGAGAUGAUUUGUAGAUCAGCUGAGUGACUUCAGAUCCGAUCUAUUUAUUGUAUGUCUGUACCAUAGAGUGAGCUCAACCAGAGAAGAAAAGUUAUUUAUAUUUUUCCUCAAGACUGUAUUAUAAUUUAAAAGGUUUUGUUUCUUUUUUGCCUGAAUUGUGGUUUCCCUUGUAUAAUGUGUACAGUAUGUUUUGGGGCAUUGACCUAAAGAAACAUACAAUCCUAAAGGGAUGCAUUGUUAAUAAUAAAACAUAAAUGAAAUGCCA